AUGAGGCUAGAGAAGGUCAGGGCCAAAUCCAACAGGCCAUCAGCUACCAGUCAGGAGCUGGUGCUGACGCUCAGCCCUGGAACUAAUGUCCUUUGUGAGGUGGCCCUGGGAGUUGGCAGCAGUUCCGUCCUGCUGGGGGAGGGGCAGCAGAAGCCGGGAUCCGGACCUGCGCAGGAGAUGGCUCUGUUCUCCAGGGCCGGGCUGAGCCUCUGCCUCCUCUCCCUCCUCCUGGCAGCUGCACUCCUCCACCCCCAGCCGCUGAGGCCUCAGCGAUCCGUUCCCGAGCAAUUUUCAGCCCCCUUGGAACUCUCACAGCCACUGUCUGACCUGUUGGAUGACUAUGGGAUCCAACCCAAGCACCCAAGGCGACGAGGGCCUCGACCCCUCCUCUCCCGGGCCCAGCAGCGCAAGCGGGACGGACCAGACAUGGCUGAGUAUUACUUCGACACACGCCGGUGA